AUGCCAACCAUUUUAAUUGGAGAAUCCAGCUGUCUAGGUGGAGAUGGAUUCAUAUCAGUUAACAAUCCAAGAUCUGAUCAUGUCUACAAGUUAUUCACUGAUUUCGAGAGUUUAUAUGAAUUCUCAACUGAAGCUAAUAUAAUCAAUCAAUGUGUUCAAGGUACCAAUGGAGUUGUCAAACUUUCAAGUUUCUAUGGUGGUGAUAUCUAUACAAUCAAUGGAACAGUGUACAACACCAACAAUCCAUCCUUACCACCUGGAUUCUAUCUUAUCAAUGUCACCAUGGGUUCAGGAACAUGUAACACUACUUUAGGCAAUGAAGUUACAGUUGAAAAAAGUAUUAUUAGUUCAAGCAUCAGCUCAUCAUCAUGUGAAACCAUUCACAUCUCUACAAGUGCACCACUCAGCAAUAAUUUUAACCCGCCAAGAAAGUUUUGUAUUGAAAAUUUAAUGAAAGUCUCUUUUUUAAUCAAGAUCGAAACAAACUUGGAAACUUCCAACUCUAAGCGAUGUCCCUCAUCCUUAGAAAUUCCGUGCCACUCAUGUUCUCCUGGUUUAAUAGAAAUUCAUGAUUUGUCUGAGAGAGAAAUCAUUGAUCUUAUUAAAUUAGGAGAUUCAGAUUGGAUAUAUAAUUGA